GCUUUUGCCUUGCCUGCUCUCCGGCGCAAAUAGGCACGCCCACGCGCUCCGCGAACGCAGAGCGGCGUCCAGCAGUGCGACGACGUACAUAUCUCCUCGCUGCGGCAGCGUGACGCCUGCUCCACGACGCACAGCGAAUGCGUUGCUCGUUCAUCGCAUUAGCUGCGCUUAUUACGAGCGUAAACGGCCUAUCCGCGACGCGCCGCCGCCUGCCCGUAUCGCGCGAAGAGCCCGCGACGCGCGCUAUCAAGAAGAACCUCGCCCGCGCCUUCGCGGUUCCACUCGUCGCCGGCGCUGCGUCUCGUGUAGAGCCAGUCCGCAAGCUCAUGGCAGGAUUCGACCGCAUCCGCGUCGGCCUCGUCGCCGGCACCGUCGGCGCGGCCAUUCUAGGAGGCUGCUACUUCAUCUUCUCGUUCUGCGUCAUGGACGCCUUGAAUCAGCAAGACCCACAGACGGCCAUCAAUACGAUGAACAGCAUCAACGUCGUCAUCGUGAACCCCAAGUUCAUCGCAGCAUUUAUGGGCACGCCGCUCAUAUGCUGCUGGCUGGUCGCCGAGGCCCUGGCGGUGGGAGUAGGCUCGUCGACGGACGUCGCGCUCAUGCUCGGCCCGGCGUCCUUGCCGGGAUCGCGCCGACGGCGUCGCCCUCACGCCGUCGACGCGACGCAGGUUCGGCGGCGCGCUCACGCUCAUCGUCGGCGAGUUCCUCGAGACGAUCAUAUGUCACAUCCCGAAGAACGACGCCCUCGCGGCGCACAAAAAGGGCGGAAACGACGCCGAGGUCUGGGCGCGCUACUACACGUCCUGGACGGCCUGGAACCACGUGCGGAUGGUCGCGUCCCUCGCGACGGUGGUCCAAUUCUCGCUCGCGCUCUUCUACCGCGGGGCACGCCUCGGAGGCGGCUAUGGCGGCCUGCCGUAAGUGUAGUAAGGAUUGUGUACAUG